AUGAUGAAAUCGGUCUGGCAAAGUAGCUUCCUCCUUUUAAGCAUUGGACGAGUCAAUUCCCAAUUGCACACAUGCGUGAGUGUUCCUUUGACCAUGGAUUUGUCUGCACAAUCGCAUACAUGCGUCCUGUCCCAGGAAGGCUGGAAUCGCCUCGAGGACAUACAGCACACAGAAUGCUCGAGCUACAGUGACCAUUCGAGAUUGACUACCGACAGACAUGACCAUACUAUUUUAGACUCCUCAAAGAUCGCCAAGCAUGUGCCUCCUUUCGACAUGAAGGUUACGUUAACCCUUAAAGGGCAGAUGCUCAAUGCAACGAAGUGUGCCGGCAUUCGCUCCGUGUCGACUGUCGGUUGGAAGCCCAACUUUUCCCGGCUUCAUGUCAUUCACCCUCCCCUCACUUCACAUCUGAAUGGUGCUUCUAGUUCCCUUGGGUUCCAAUCGAUUGCGUCCGAUAGUGUCGGCAGAAGCGCUGUAGACGUGGGACUUUUGCUGCUUUCUGCCGUUGUCACGGCGUGA